AUGAGUGAGGUAGCUUGGGAAGACCAAAAGAAGAUCAACGAAUUCUCUAAACUGAAUACUCAACUAUCCCAGCAUGAACAGGCCCUGAAAAAUCUUGCCCAGGACAAAGAGCUGAUCGACGACGUCAGUUUGGAGCUUGAACUAGUAGACGAAGAUGAGUUGGUUCCCUACAAGAUUGGCGACGCGCUGGUUUCGCUGCCGCAGAGGGAAGUCAUGGAGAGACUAGAGCGAGAGCACGAGGAGCUUGAUGAGAAAAUUUCAAAACGUCAAGCCGACGCAGACGCCUGUAGCGAGCGCAUGACGGAGCUCAAAAGCCAACUAUACGCCAAGUUUGGCAAGUCAAUCAACCUCGAGAGAGACUGA